AUGUCGGACACCUGUGGCGACAAAUGUGAAUCAUUGGAAUGGAUCCGUGAGCGGAUUCACAACAAGAAGCACUUCACCGCCCGUUUCAUCGGACAGAUCGUCGAUGCUUCUGGAAUGGAGGCGGAGCUGGUUGUCAAAGUUCUCGCUGGAGUCCUAUUCGCCAUUCUCGCAUUCAGUGAUCAUGCCCACUUCUUCGCCAACUCACUCCUCGUCAUCGUUCCAGCCCUUCUCAUUUUUGUUUUCCCGGCAGAAAAACCAACAGAUGAUUCCCUUUUCAUCUACUUUUCUCUUUUCGGAGCCCUCACCGUCUUGGAUAGAAGUUUGGAGAAGAUUCCAUGCUACUACAUUCUCAAGUUGGCUCUUUUCGUGUUGCUCUACCUUCCACCAUAUGUUUUGCACAAGCGAAUCAGCGAACUCAUUCAAGAUCAACUCAAACCACAGAAAAGCAGUGAAAAUGUGUCUGAAAUGACUCGUAGCAACCGCACAGCUCCGAAAACGAAUCAAUCUACGAGGACUGCUGUUUCAGCUGCUCCACUUCCUCCACCACCAGCACAAGAACAACCAAAACCUGUUGAGCAAGCACCGGCUCCUGUUGUGGUUCCAGCUCCAGUACCGGUUCCAGUCGAGCAACCAGCACCUCCACCGCAACCAGUUGAACAACCUCCACCGCCACCACCGGUCGAACAAGCUCCUCCACCACCUCCAGCACCUGCUCCGGAACCAACUCCAGCUCCAGCUGAUCCAGCACCCAAACUUCCUUCAUCUAGAAGUCGUACUGAUCUUGCUGGUGGCUCUCAGCGCCUGAAGAGUGGACCGAAUCCAAUGCAAUCCAACUCAUUUUACAAUUUGAAAUCCGAGGCAGAUGGUUUCAAUUCUCGCAAUGCUAUCAGUCCUGGAAGCAAUUUGAACGAUAUGAUCUUCCGACCAACUGAAAAACUUGUUUUCAAUGCUCCAUUCGAUUACGAUAACUUGACUUAUCACAUGAAAAUCACCAAUAACAGUCAUCAUCGUAUUGCAUAUGCAGUCAAAGGAAAUGCAGUUCCACGUGUCAUGGCCAAUCCAGCUUUCGGUAUUUUGAAUGUCGGAGAAAUGAGAAUUGUGGCUGUGUCUGUGCAGAAGUUUGAUUGGAAUGACGUUGAUUACCAGAAGGAUCGUAUCGCCUACGACUAUGUUCUCUUGCCGGAUGAUAACAAAGAGAAGACGUUUUCGAUGGCAAUGUUCCAGAACUCGGAUACUAAAAGACGAAAGAACAUUAUGAUUGAAUACAAUCCAUAG